AUGGUUCCUGUGUUUGUAUUCAACCUCAAUUAUAUCAGUUUUGAAGCAUGCUUCUCCCAAAUGUUUUUAAUGCACUUUUUUGGUGACAUGGAGUCAUUUUCACUGGCCUUAUUGGCUUAUGAUCGCCUGAUUGCUAUCUGCUUUCCUUUGCGAUACUCCACAAUUAAUACUAAUGAAAGGAUGGUACUUAUUAUUGCUGGGCUUUGGCUUCUGGUAUUUUUUAUUGAGAUUUACCCGAUAGUUCUAGCCAGUGGUCUGUCCUAUUGUAGAUCAAGGGUGGUGCCAAGCUGUUGCUGUGAGCAUGGUCAAGUUUACAAAUUAGCUUGUGGAGAUAUUUCUUAUAACAGAAAUGUGGCAACUACAAAGACAUUAAUUGUUCUGCUUGGCCCUCUGAUUUUUAUUAUUUUAUCGUACAUCAUAGUGGUGGUGGCAGUUUUGCAAAUUGCAUCUUCAUCACAAUGCUGGAAGGCCUUGAACACCUGUCUUACUCACAUGGUCCUGGUUCUUAUUUAUUAUAUGCCAGAUUUGGGCUUAUAUACUAGGGAACCUACGAUUAGUACAAUCAGUUGAUAUUUUCUCAGCAGUUCUGACAGUACCAGCACACUGCCAGCCAUGUUAAACCCUAUCAUAUAUAGUCUAAAGACUGAGGAACUGCAAGAAAAGUUGCUGAAAUUUUUAAAGCCACAGAAAGUAUCACCCCAAUGA